AUGGGCGCCCUUGUAAACACACCUUUUAGUAAGUGGCACCAUAAAUCUGAGGUUUUUGGGAAACAUGCCACUGAACCGUCCCAUAUCAGGGUUCUUCAGGAUACUCAGCAUUUCACAUCAUCCCUUGAGAGUCCUGGAUCUACCAUUACAGCAACAAUAAACAAACAGAGAGCAGCAAACAUUGCAGAAAACAAACACAUUCUGAAAUCUCUGGCAGAGACAGUACUUUAUUGUGGACGUCAGUGUAUUGGAUUAAGGGGUGAUAAUGAAAUGCCAGACAAUGGAAAUCCUGGCAACUUCGUUGCCCUUCUGCGUGUGAUUGCUAAUCAUGAUACCAUCUUAAAACAACACCUGGAAAAGCCCGAAAUGUUCAGUGCCACCUACAUCUCUCCAAGAGUGCCAAAUGAAAUGAUUGAAGUGACUGGUAAACGCACAAUCCAGAAUAAAAUUGUUAAAGAGGUAAGAGAAGACAAAUUCUUUCCAGUUAUGGCAGAUGAAGUUUCAUCUUACAAUAAUGAGUUGAUGCCUCUGUACAUUCGCUUUGUUGAUAGAAAAUACAACAUCGCAAGAAUUAAGCAUCCCAAUAGAAGACUGCAAAGGACGAGGAUAUGA